CUGCCACCUUCAUCUUACUCGAGACUGUGUCUGAGCCACCCUUUCCUUGAUAGCACUCCUCUUUUCUCUCUUUCAUCUACAUACCGCUCGACAUAAUGUUCUUUAAUCGCAGCAAGGCCAAGGUGUCUCAGCCGCGGGGCGAUGUUAUCGUCAUUCACGACUCUGAUUCGGAGCCGGAGGGUCAUGGAGGGAAGCUUUCGUCUAAACGCCAAAAGGUGACCAGUGGCAAGGCUCCACUCCCAACAGCAGGCGCCAAAGUACAAAUUGACCGCACCAAGAACGCCCAUCUCAAAGGCCGCAAACGUUUCAAUGCCGAUUUCGAGGACACGAAGCAAGUCGUCAAGGACGGAGGAUUCCUGGUUCAUGGAUGGCGGAUAAAGAAGUUCCGCCCAGGCGACGACGAAGGUUCCAUGGAAGUCGUUAUUGAGGAUUCUCAUGUCCCUGACGCAUCAAUAUCUCUCACUAUGCUUGUUGAUGACACCUCUGAAUAUCCGAAGAACCAUACAGUAUUUUGCUACUCCUCUGAUUCAGAGCUCGACGCUCGUACAACAGAGCUUGUAAAUGAGAUCGCAACAUCGCCGGCACGACCGAUCGUCGACACUCUGGAACGUUUCUUGACGUCACUUGCCGGUAAGAAGUACCAAGAAGUUGACAUGGAGGAUGAAGACGAUAGUGGAGACGAAGAAUAUGUCGGUAUGGAAUAUGAUGAUGAUUAUGCUGCAAUGUCCAAGGUUUCGACCUACAGUCGCUCCAAACUGCAAAGGGACUUCAUCGAUGCUGUGGGGACAGGCUAUCGACCAGGAUUCAUUCCUUUUGGAGGCGACGACUUCUGUUUAACCAUCAGCUUACCAGUUAUCACUCUAUCUAAAGCAAUCCCUCCGCGGGCGCUUAUGGCUUGGGAUCGGAGGCUUCUGUCCCGUUCACAACAUUUAACCCUUCUCAUAUCCGGGCACAGAGGCAUGUAUCCUUCUUUGUCGAGUGAUGGAUCCUAUUCGAGUGCCGCACGCAGAGCGGGUGUGCAACUCAAAUUCCAAGUCGGUCUGUGCGGCGGGUACAAGCCCUCAACUGUGAAUGCCAAAGAAGCCGUACGCAGGUAUGGGCUAGUCCUUCAGGAUGCUGAAGAUGAGUUGCGCAUUCAGAAAGAGAAGGAGCUUGCUGCUGCGAUGAGUUUUUACGACGGGGACGUUGACAUGGACGAAGAAGUCGUUGUGCCUGUCGUCCCAGAAGUUGACAUUGAAGAGGAAGAUGACGAAGGCCGAUUUGACAAGUUCAGCUUGAGUUCUUCUUUGGAGUCGUUGCUGGACCGAUCCUUUCUGAAAGUUGUCCGAUUACGGAGACAGUUUGAUCUGGGCUGGGCUGGCGCUGAGCUACUGUUCUCUGAAAUUGAAAAGAGCCAGAUGACAGCAGAGGAUGUAUAUCGGUUCAGAACCAAGGAAAUAAAAGCAGCUGAAAAAGAGGAACAAAAGCUCAACCGAACGCUGCCUCAUGAUCCCUUGCGUGGUCUUGGGAAAUCAGAAGAUAUCAAUCUUCCACUGACCGCGUUUAGUUAUCUCAUCAGACGACUGACGCUCUGUACACGCUACUGCAUUGUCUGCCACAACAAACUCACCACCGACUUCGAAGCUCUGAAGCCCUAUGUGUGCGAUUCGAAACUGUGCGCCUACCAAUACUACUCUCUCAAUCAUGGACCUUCGUUAGAGUAUGAAAUCAUUCACAACCCACAGACUGUGGAUCUUCUUGUUUCACUGACCUAUUCUGGGGCUGCCGAAGGCGUCCUUGACGAGCCUCUCCCUAUUGGGAUGGGCCUGCGAGUUCCUAUUCCUGACAAAAGCUUGAUUGUCCACCCGUCGACGCUCCGAGGGGCCGGCUAUCCUGGUGCCUUCCCUGGUACGGUGUUUGAGACUCCGUCUCUUUCCACUCCCCGACGCGAGCCUGUUGCCGACAACCAUGGUCUGUGCGAUUUUGAUGAUCUUGAUAUUCUUCAGAUGCGCGCCUCUAUUGCUGCUAUGUUAAAUACAUUGCCGACGGUGGAAGAGAUGAAAAAGCACUUAGAACGCAAAGUCAAGCCCGGGAAAUCAAAGCCAAAACUCAGGGAACUCGAUCCUACAGUGUUGCCCGCUGCUUGGCAGAUCCUUCGCUGGUGUGUGGCAUCGUGCACCGCAUAUCUUGAACCCAUCAUAUCGGGAGCGGAAUUAAUAACGAAUUUGGAUCCAUCAUGGCGCCAGUUCCGCUUCAGCGUCGGGGCUCCAGAUGCAGAAGCUAAAUUCCAGGCUGCUGUUACUCAAUCUCAGGCAACAAAUGCGAACGCCGUAAAGUACCCCUCACUCUUUGCUUUCCAUGGUUCUCCUUUGCGAAAUUGGCACUCGAUAAUUCGGCAUGGAUUGUGGUACAAGCAGGUAGCUAAUGGGCGGGCGUAUGGAAACGGUGUCUAUCUGGCCAAAGACGGGCAGAUUUCUAUGGGACAUUAUGCGGCAGGUAACAGCACGAUGUGGCGCAAGAGCAAAAUUUGUCCCAACGCUUGUGUUGCUCUAGCGGAGGUAGUCAACUUACCCGAGAAGUUUGUUAGUUCGAAUCCGUAUUUUGUUAUCGCGGAUACCACCUGGAUUGUCUGCCGGUACCUCUUAGUCAAGUGUCCAGCUGAAGCGACCGCUACUGCCUCGGUUGUGGAUAAGACCAUACCUUUCGUAAAAUUGGAUCCCAAGCAUCCGCUGACGUUGAGCAGCAGCAAGAUCUCUAUUCCUGAGCCUGGGUACACCAUAAACUUAUUGCUCCAGGAUCGUCAGCGUGAUCUAGUGGUACAAGAGCCAGAUGAGGAAGACCAGCGAAUCUUUGACCAUGUUGAGAAGGACCCAAUUAUUGUUGACGAUGACGAUGACGACGAUCAUGAAUUCUACGAUGCCGACGAAGUCAUAAUCGUGCCUGAUCCGAAAGGGAAGGGCAAAGCACCAGCCCCACCCACGUCUGGUAGUAAAAAGAAAGCGAAGCCAGCAGAUGAUUGGAAGCACGACCCUAAAUGGGUCAGCGUCGUGGUCGACAAACUGAUGCCCCCGCCCACUGAGUCGGCGAAUUCUGCGACUAUGGCUGUCCAGCGAGAGCUGAGAUCGAUGCUAAAGGAACAGGAAGCGGCAAACAGUCUGCGAGAGCUGGGGUGGUACAUGCCGCCAGAAUUCAUUGGCGAUAAUUUAUUCCAGUGGAUUGUAGAGAUGCAUUCGUUUGAUCCGAGCUUGCCGAUCGCGAAGGAUUUGAAGAUCGCAGGAGUGAAUUCGAUCAUCUUCGAGAUUCGGUUCCCUCCAACGUUCCCGUUGGCUCCGCCAUUUUUCAGGAUUCUUACUCCACGGUUCUUGCCUUUUAUUCAUGGUGGAGGAGGCCAUGUUACUGGAGGAGGAUCUAUAUGUAUGGAUUUGCUGACUUCUGACGGUUGGUUGCCUAGUUACAGUAUUCCUGCGGUGAUCAUGCAGAUCAAGUUGGCUAUCUCGAAUUUGGACCCUCGUCCAGCGAGGCUCGCUAAAGAUUGGCAUCGCGAGUACCACGUAUAUGAGGCGUUGGAGGGAUACAAGAGGGCAGCUGCUGCCCAUGGAUGGCAGAUUCCUGUGGGUAUUGAGAAGCUUGUAAGAUGAUUUGAGAUAGAUAGAAAUGUAACAAUAGUUCUUGGACCUUUUGAGCAGGCUGACACUCGGUUGGCACUGCUUUGCGAAUGGAUAUCGCUUGUACUAUAACGCAAUAUUAUCAGCUGGAUUUUUCGACCAG